CAAAGCAGCUUGGGGCCCAGUUGGGACUGCCUGUCUGUGCGCGUAUGAGUUUAAGCGUGAGAGUGGCUGUGGCGCUCCCUGCUCCCCGCCGGCGUACCUUCCCCGGCAGGAGAUAAACUGCAUUCAAGUGAGACUGCAAGACUGAGAGGACUUGGGGUGAUUAGAAAUUGAUUCACUGCAAAGGUUUAUUGAAGUCAAAAUGUCCAAAAAAAUCAGUGGUGGUUCCGUGGUAGAGAUGCAAGGAGAUGAAAUGACACGAAUCAUUUGGGAAUUGAUUAAAGAAAAACUCAUUUUUCCCUAUGUGGAAUUGGAUCUGCAUAGCUAUGACUUAGGCAUAGAGAAUCGUGAUGCCACCCAUGACCAAGUCACCAAGGAUGCUGCAGAGGCCAUAAAGAAAUACAAUGUGGGCGUCAAGUGUGCUACCAUCACCCCUGAUGAGAAGAGGGUUGAGGAAUUCAAGUUGAAACAAAUGUGGAAGUCACCGAACGGCACCAUCCGAAAUAUUCUGGGUGGCACUGUCUUCAGGGAAGCUAUUAUCUGCAAAAAUAUCCCCCGGCUUGUGAGUGGAUGGGUGAAACCCAUCAUCAUAGGUCGUCAUGCUUAUGGGGACCAAUACAGAGCAACCGAUUUUGUUGUUCCUGGGCCUGGAAAAGUAGAGAUAACCUACACACCAAGUGAUGGAACCCAAAAGGUGACAUACUUGGUACAUAACUUUGAAGGUAUGUGUGAGUUCAUUAUAAGCUACUUGUAUCUGAGCACCAAAAACACUAUUCUGAAGAAAUAUGAUGGACGUUUUAAAGACAUCUUUCAGGAGAUAUAUGACAAGCAGUACAAACCCCAAUUUGAAGCCCAAAAAAUCUGGUACGAGCAUAGGCUCAUCGAUGACAUGGUGGCUCAGGCUAUGAAAUCAGAGGGAGGCUUCAUCUGGGCCUGUAAAAACUAUGAUGGUGAUGUACAGUCGGACUCCGUGGCACAAGGUUAUGGCUCUCUUGGCAUGAUGACCAGUGUGCUGAUUUGUCCAGAUGGCAAGACAGUAGAAGCAGAGGCUGCCCACGGGACCGUAACCCGUCACUACCGCAUGUACCAGAAAGGACAGGAGACGUCCACCAAUCCCAUUGCUUCCAUUUUUGCCUGGAGCAGAGGGUUAGCCCACAGAGCAAAGCUUGAUAACAAUAAAGAGCUUGGCUUCUUUGCAAAGGCCUUGGAAGAAGUCUGUAUCGAGACCAUUGAGGCUGGCUUCAUGACCAAGGACUUGGCUAUUUGCAUUAAAGGUUUACCUAACGUGCAACGUUCUGACUACUUGAAUACAUUUGAAUUCAUGGACAAACUUGGAGAAAACUUGAAGAUAAAACUAGCUCAGGCCAAACUUUAAGGUCAUACCUGGGCUUAAGAGGAUAAAUGUUUUUUGGAAACUAGGUCCACAGGUUUACAUUUUUCUGUAUAACACUCAAGGGUAAAGGCAAAAUCAAUUUUGUAAUUAGUUUAGAAGCCAGAGUUUAUCUUUUCUAUAAGUUUGUAGCCUUUUUCUUAUACAUAUAGUUAUUGCCAUCCUCAUGAAUGUGGCAGGGGAAUUGUUUUAAAUUUUGUUUUAUUUUCUAGUAAUAGCCUAGAAAUUAGGUUAGUACUUAUUCGUAUUCACUGUCACUUUUUCUCAUGUUCUGAUGUAAAUGACCAAAAUCAAGAGUGCUCAAAAGUGUAAAUGAUAGCCACAGUUUUGUUCCCUAAAAUAUGUGUAAAAUAGAAACUCACUCCCUUGCCCUCUUGUCCAUGACCUUGGGCACUCGGGUGUUUUGGUGUUACAGAUGUCCCAUUACGUGAGGUAGAACUGUACAUUCAACUUGCACAUGAUUGGAACAAAGUAUGAGUGCAAUUAAAAUGUGUUGAAGACAUUGCUGUCAUUUUUGUGAAGAGCUUGUUGAAUGUUUCCAAUAUAUUGAGGCCACCGGAGAGUUUGGAAUCCAGAAUAAAUACUACCUGCAGGUUUGUCCUCUGUUUUGUCUCUUCCUCCCCCUGGCCUGGCCUGAACAUUAUGCUACCCUAAGUAGCAUAUUUCAUCCAAGUGCAAUAAUGUAAGCUGCAUCUUUUUUGGACUUCUGCUGGCCUGUUUCAUUUCUUUUAUAUAAAUGUGAUUUCUCAGAAGUUUAAUAAACACUAUUCUAGUCCUGUUCUUCAUCUGAACUGUUAAUUUUAAUUAAAAUCAAGUGCUAAUGACUAUU